CUGGAGUCUCCCCGGGUCGGGCGCCUCCGCCUUGGAGAGAGUCACACGCGGCACACCCUCUUACUCAGAGACGAAUCGCUCUGUUGCCGCCCCUGGCUGACCACAGGUGCUCCAGGGCUCUUUCUAAAGGAGACAGCUAUUCUAGCCGGGAGGCUGGAGUCUCCCGGCCCUGAGGCCCCGGGGUGUGAGGGAUGGGUUUGCCUGGAAGGAGAGGAAGUGGCCGCGCGGCUUUAAUCAUCUGGGCUGGUCCCCGGCGGGCCUUGGGGGACAGGGAGACUGGAGGCGGCCUUAAAGCGGCUAGAAGAGAGGUCGCGAGAGGAGCUGCAGAGUGAGCGUGCGUCCAGCUUCUCGCCGCCAAGCCGCCCUUCCGCCACCCUUUGCCCUUAAAAAUCUGCAGACUGCGCCUCCUCUCCGAGGGAGCGAGACCUAGCAGGCCCGGGGCUGGGCGUGCCCUCGCCUGCGCCGCCGCGCGCUGCCCUCAGCCGGGCCGCUGGGGGCCGCGCAGGGCGGGGACAGUGCACCUGGCACUUUGCGCCCGGCUGGCGGCGGACACCGAGCCUCAGCGGGGGAUCCCGGGGCAGCUUCGCCCGCGCGCCCUGGCUCCAGCCCACCCCUGCUGCAGCCUUAGCUGGGCAGCCGCCGACACUGGACGCCCCCCGCGCCCCACUUCGCCAGCGCCUCCUCCCCCGGCUCUGCCCCCGGCGGUUUGUAGGGACUCAGCUCUCCACGUGCACGUCUGCGAAGCGGGACGCAACAGGCUCCUGGAAAGAAGACACCAGCAUUUGCUACAAUGCUGUCAUCCACUGACUUUACAUCUGCCUCCUGGGAGCUUGUGGUUCGCGUUGAUAAUCCCAAUGAAGAAGAGCAGAAAGAUGUCACACUGCGAGUGUCUGGAGACCUUCAUGUCGGGGGAGUGAUGCUCAAGUUAGUAGAACAGAUCAACAUAUCUCAAGACUGGUCAGACUUUGCUCUUUGGUGGGAACAGAAGCGUUGCUGGCUUCUGAAAACCCACUGGACCCUGGACAAAUAUGGGGUCCAGGCAGAUGCAAAGCUUCUCUUCACCCCUCAGCAUAAAAUGCUGCGCCUUCGCCUGCCGAAUUUGAAGAUGGUGAGGUUGCGAGUCAGCUUCUCAGCUGUGGUUUUUAAAGCUGUCAGUGAUAUCUGCAAAACCCUGAAUAUUAGAAGAUCAGAAGAGCUUUCCUUGUUAAAGCCUUCUGGUGACUAUUUUAAGAAGAAGAAGAAAAAAGACAAAAAUAAUAAGGAACCUGUAAUUGAAGAUAUUCUAAACCUAGAGAGUUCUCCAACAGCUUCUGGUUCACCAGCAAGUCCUGGUUUAUACAGUAAAACCAUGACCCCUAUAUAUGACCCCAUCAAUGGAACACCAGCAUCGUCCACCAUGACUUGGUUCAGUGACAGCCCUUUGACGGAGCAAAACUGCAGCAUCCUUGCAUUCAGCCAACCCCUGCAGUCCCCAGAAGCACUUGCGGAUAUGUACCAGCCUCGGUCUCUGAUUGAUAAAGCCAAGCUCAAUGCAGGUUGGCUGGACUCCUCACGCUCCCUUAUGGAACAAGGCAUCCACGAGGAUGAGCAGCUGCUGUUACGAUUUAAAUACUACUCUUUCUUCGACUUGAAUCCUAAAUAUGAUGCUGUCCGAAUAAACCAACUCUAUGAACAAGCCAGGUGGGCCAUUCUCUUAGAAGAAAUUGAUUGCACAGAGGAAGAAAUGUUGAUCUUUGCAGCUCUACAGUACCACAUUAGCAAACUGUCAUUGUCUGCUGAAAUACAGGAUUUUACAAACGAGUCCGAGGUUGAUGAAAUAGAAGCAGCGCUUUCUAAUUUGGAAGUAACCCUAGAAGGUGGAAAAGCAGACAGCCCUUUGGAGGACAUUACUGACAUCCCUACACUCGCAGAUAAUCUCAAAUUAUUUAGGCCCAAGAAGUUGCUACUAAAAGCUUUCAAACAGUAUUGGUUUGUCUUUAAAGACACAUCCAUAGCCUAUUUUAAAAAUAAGGAACUUGAACAAGGAGAACCAGUAGAAAAACUAAAUCUUAGAGGCUGUGAAGUUGUGCCAGAUGUAAAUGUAGCAGGGAGAAAAUUUGGAAUCAAGUUACUAAUUCCUGUGGCCGAUGGUAUGAAUGAAAUGUAUUUGAGAUGUGACCAUGAGAAUCAAUACGCCCAAUGGAUGGCUGCCUGCAUGUUGGCAUCGAAGGGCAAAACCAUGGCAGACAGCUCCUACCAGCCAGAGGUCCUCAACAUUCUUUCAUUUCUGAGAAUGAAAAACAGGAACUCUGCAUCUCAGCUGACUUCCAGUCUCGAAAACAUGGAUGUGAACCCAGAAUGUUUUGUGUCACCACGGUGUGCAAAAAAACACAAAUCUAAACAGCUGGCUGCCCGGAUCCUGGAGGCGCACCAGAACGUGGCCCAGAUGCCCCUGGUCGAAGCCAAGCUGCGGUUCAUCCAGGCGUGGCAGUCACUGCCUGAGUUUGGCCUCACCUACUACCUUGUCAGAUUUAAAGGAAGCAAGAAAGAUGAAAUUCUGGGAGUUUCAUAUAACAGGUUGAUUAAAAUCGAUGCCACCACUGGGAUUCCAAUGACAACGUGGAGAUUCACAAAUAUCAAACAGUGGAAUGUAAACUGGGAAACCCGGCAGGUGGUAAUCGAGUUUGACCAAAACGUCUCUACUGCAUUCACCUGCUUGAGUGCAGAUUGCAAGAUUGUGCACGAGUACAUUGGGGGCUACAUUUUCUUGUCCACCCGCUCCAAGGACCAGAAUGAAACACUUGAUGAGGACUUGUUCCACAAAUUGACCGGCGGUCAGGACUGAAGCAAGCACGUGCCUGCUCGGCUCACACCAGCAGGGCAAACCAAAGGCGGCCCUCCCCGGAGGGGUGGGAUCCCUGACUUGCUCAGCAUGAAGAUUCUGGACUAACAGACAAUAUACGUUCACCUCUGGUCACCCGGAGCCUCACCUUAUUUCAAACCCACUGGGUUUUUCCUUUUUGGCACAUCCCUUUCCACAUCCCUUUCCUUACUUUGCCCUGUGCUGCCAGGAAGGAGCCGCUCUUGUUUUUUCUAUAAAACGGGUGGGCAGGAGAAAGGAAGGUGCCCUAAGAUUGCUCUAAGGCCCAGCCUGUGGUUAUAGAUCUGUGACUUGUAGAACCUGCCAGGUGUAUGGCUAGACGUUGUCCUUGCGCUGAUCUGUCUCAUUACUAAGUCAAUGGAGAAGACAAAGGUAAAAAUCACGUAUCUGGUUUACAUCAUAAAGUACAGUUCUCAUUUUACAAACUCAGGUAUGAAACGAAACACUUGUCCUUCAUGGAACUGAUUUUAGCUCCUGUCUUUUCAAAAUGGCAGAGGGAGUUCCUACACACACUUUUUCCCUGGAGGCCAAGUCUAGGGGUAGAAAGGGGAGGGGUGGGGCUACCAGGUAGCAGCUGACGACCAAAGGCUCGAGCAGUGGCCCUCAGUGUCAUCUGUCCACAGCGCUAUCUGCCAAGAUGACCACUGACCCACAUCUGGUCUUGGUCAUUGGUCUCAGGUUUCUCCUGCCACCUGCAAGCCCCAUUCCGUUCCUACAGGUCUCUCAGCCAUCUGUAAGUCCUUUGUGAAGAUGUGGGUGACACGAGGGUACAGGAAAACCCAUUCCUCAACCCAGAUCCACGUCUCAACUGCUUCUACUCUGCGUUGGCGUUCAGGAAGACAGGCCCAGUUCUCUCUAUCCAUAGAAACACCUCCCAGCAUAGAGGAUUCCAGUCAGGUCUCUAUCCCAACUGGUCAGGGAGAGAAGGGCAGACCUGUUGUCAAAGACCACCAUGUCCAAGCUCUGGUGGCUCCCCACUGGCUGCCACCACAGGGGCUUUGGGCUGGUCUGGAUCAUGGGGAAGCAUCCCUCAUACUGCUGGUCAGAUACCAAAUCUCCUGGAUUUGGCAUCUAUGUUGGUACAACUCCUGCCCUUUUCUCUAAAGGCCUUUGGCUUUUAUAAAUCACAAGCCAGUAACAGACUUCCCCCCACCGCCGCUCUGUUUUCUGCUGUGUCAUCUCCGCCUUGAGACCGUGCUUGCCUUAAGACAGUGAGCCAAUUAACAGCUGCCUGAAUCGUCAUUUUCCACUUUGGUUUGUUAGAGGUGGGAGGGGUGGGUUUUGAGAAGGUUAAAAGCAAUACCCAAAGUAAAGGGAAAUGUCAGACAAUAUUUUAUCAUUUUGUAUAGAUGUUCUCCUGCCAUACAAAGAAUUUGGGCUGCAAGGAUAAGGCAAAGGCUCCCAUCCUAUUUCUCCUAGGAUGCAUUCUUUGGGAGCCUGGCCAGAGUUCCAAGGCCCGCGAGCGUCAGCUGUUGUUUUAUUUCCCAACAAAGCCCUCUGACAAAUGAGACCUCAGCAAUUCCGGGAGCCACGUAGAGACAGCCUUGGCGAGGGGCCCCGAGGUCCUGAGCCAGCAGCUGCCAUCCGGAAAUUCCUCUUUCAGCCUCUCCUUAGAGGUGAAUGUGAAUGAAGCCUCCCAGGCACCCGCUGAAUUUCUGAGGCCUUGUUAAAGCUUGGAAGUGCCUUAGGCAUUUGGGAAAUGUGGUUUACAUCAUAAAGAACUUGAUUUGAAAUGUUUUCUAUAGAAACAGGUGCUCAGUGUACUGUGUUAUACUUGGUGUUGGUCAUUUCUCAGUCCGGGGCUCUAUCAUUUUAGAACCUUGUCAGUUAUUUCAGAUUAUAACUGGCCCUGCAUUAAAAUAAUGUAUCUU